AAAAGUCAUUUUUCAAAACUCAUAAUAUUUUCCAGUAUCCUCUCCCUCCAACCCCACAGUCCCACACUUUCUUCCCUUCUUCCCCGUCACCACCGCCGACGAGUCGACGACCACAAGUUGAAACUUCAUAAAAGCACUUCCAAACACUACGCAAAUUACACAAAUGAGUUCCCUGGUAGCGCCAACCCGGGGCGGUUCAUCAACCGCAUCGGGUCGGUCCUCCAUCAUCGACUCCUUACGUAGCUGCACUUUUUCCGGCGUUAUGAUCCAUAAAGAGGAGCUGAAGAAGAAGAUUAUGAUGCCGGAGUAUUUGAGGCUUGCCAUGAAGGAAGCUAUUGAAGCCAAGGAUGUUGAAGCCGAUACUAUUAGUCAGCUUUAUGAAAAGCCUCACGUGGCUGGAGCCGAACCGCCUCAGAUUCCAGAGUCUCCGUUGGUUGUCUUUAUUAACUCCAAAAGCGGUGGGCGUCACGGACCUAAACUAAAGGCCCGACUUCAGACUCUAAUGGGCGAAGAACAGGUUUUUGACCUCUCGUCGGUGAAGCCUCAUGAAUUUGUUCAAUAUGGAUUGGCUUGCCUGGAGAAGUUUGCUAGUCUUGGAGACACCUUUGCUAAAGAGACUCGUGAAAAACUAAGGGUUGUGGUUGCAGGAGGUGAUGGUACUGUCGGGUGGGUCCUUGGCUGUCUAGGAGAACUGAACAAACAAGGACGACUGCCAGUUCCACCGGCAGCUAUAAUUCCUUUAGGUACAGGAAAUGAUCUGUCCCGGAGUUUUGGUUGGGGUGGGUCUUUCCCAUUUAAUUGGAAAUCAUCCAUAAAAAGAACUCUUGACAGAAUAGGCAAUGAUCCUACCUGUUAUCUGGACAGUUGGCAUGUCUUAAUAUCAAUGCCAGCUGGGGAGGACUUGGAGAUACCUUAUUCUCUCAAGGCAACAGAAGAAACACCUCUUGAUCAGGAACUGGAAGCUGAAGGGGAGUUGCCGGAGAAGGUUUCUUGUUAUCAGGGAGUCUUUUAUAAUUAUUUUAGCAUAGGAAUGGAUGCCCAAGUUGCUUAUGGUUUCCACCAUUUACGCAAUGAAAAACCUUAUCUGGCUCAGGGUCCUAUUUCAAACAAGUUAAUUUAUUCGGGGUAUAGCUGCAUGCAAGGCUGGUUCUGCACACCAUGUACCAGUGAUCCAGGAUUACGGGGACUAAAGAACAUCUUAAAAAUAUACAUCAAGAGGGUCAAUUGUUCAGGAUGGGAGAAAAUCCCAGUCCCAUCAAGUGUGAGGGCUAUAGUUGCUCUAAAUCUUCCUAGCUAUGGAAGUGGAAGAAAUCCAUGGGGCCAUCUUAAGCCAGAGUAUUUAGAGAAGAGAGGAUUUGUUGAGGCCCAUGCCGAUGAUGGUUUCUUAGAAAUUUUUGGUCUGAAACAAGGGUGGCAUGCUUCAAUGGUUAUGAGUGAGAUUAUCUCUGCCAAACACAUAGCACAGGCUUUGGCAAUUAGGUUUGAGCUGAGAGGAGGGUCAUGGAAGAAGGCAUAUAUGCAGAUGGAUGGUGAACCGUGGAAAGAACCGUUGGACAAUGAGUUUUCGACCUUCGUUGAAAUUAAACGGGUACCAUUUCGAUCAGCUAUGGUCAAUGGACAGUAAUUACAACAGCAUUUUGUAUCAUCUUUAUCAAUUUGUGGAAAUUGGAUCAUUGUUGAACAAUCCUUUUCUUUACUAUUGUAUGUGUAAUACCUUGUUUAGGAGGAAUUUUUAGUCAACUUCCAACUGUGGAGCUAAAUUUAUGGAGUCUUGAAGAAAGCAUUGUAAGCAACAAGCAUGUAAGAAAAAACAAGAAUCGAAUGUCUAUAUGUUAUACGUAACUACUUUAUUAAACAAUAAUUUCGAUCUUUACUA